GGCGAUCAUUCUGGGUUAGGAGAGCCCCUGAGGAAGCUUGCGGCCAAGGCGACUGACACCACCGGGGCUAGUCUCGGCCUGUUACUUAGUUGGGUGACUGAGUCACGUCGCGUAUCUGGGGUCCAAAUUCCUUGUCUUUAAAAUGAGCGAGGGGGAUGGAUGGUACCCUAUUCGUUUGUGAGGAAGAGCCGCUGUUCAUUUGUUAAAGCGUUGGGUCGGCCCCCUGCCUGCCUUCAGGAGCUGAACUCAUCCCUCUCCUCAACCCAGAGCUUCCAGGAGAGCGGGGACUUCGCUGUCGCAGCUAACCUACAGGCUUCCCUGCUAAGUGUCCAAUUUAUUGUUGGUUGAUAUUUAUUAAGGCUGAAACAUCUUAUGAACUUUUAGUGCAAUUUAACUGAUAAAUUGAAAUUUCCUUUAUCAGCCCUUCCCCACGUCUUCAUUCCUCUCUCUCUUUGACUUCCUUCAAAAUACUGCUGGCCAAAAGAGAUUAGUUGAUGGUGUAAUGUGAAACGAAAGGAUUCCUCCAGGUUACUUAAUACAGUUUUGUGGCAAUCGUGUUUUUUGUUUUUUGUUUUUUGUUUUGUUUUGUUUUUUUGGUCAAGAGUAAUAUUUUCUAAAUUGUUUUUCCGGAAGGUAUCAAGAAACUGAUAAUGUUUCCUUGAAUUCGCUUAUGUAUUUGUUUCAUCAAUGUCACUCAUACUGAAUAUCUUAAGAGAGAUGCUGGAAUAUUUCGGUGUUCCCAUAGACCAGGUUUUGCAGAUUAGAGAAAAUAAAGACUAUGGAUCAACUCGGAGUAUUGUUCGUCUUAUUGGGAAAAUUCUCCCUCUAGAACCUUGUCCCAGGCCUAAUUUUGAGUUGAUCCCUCUAUUGAACUCUGUAGACCCUGGUAACUAUGGAUCUGUAGUUCCAUCUUUUGCUGAUACUUUGCGUGUGGCAAAUGAUGAAGAAGGCAGUUAUCUCAGAUUUCGAAAUAGCAUAUGGAAAAAUGAAGAAGAGAAGAAAAUGGAAUUUUUCCAUCCUUUGCCACGAGUUUGGAACCCAUUGCUGCCUGCUCCAAGACAGAAUAAACGAACCAAAAACGAUGGGCCUGUAAAUGAAGCUGCAAUUAAAAAAAUAGCUGCCCUCGAAGAUGAGCUGACUUUUCUUCGCACUCAGAUCGCUGCAAUUGUGCAAAUGCAGGAACUGAAAAACCGUGCAAACGCUGGCCUCUUUGACUUGAACAGCGAACCUAGCAGUUUGGGACAAAGGCCAUCACCAGGAACUGCUGAACUGAGUGUCAAACCAGAUCCAUUUUCAAGUUCAGUGUUCUUCCCUCCACCUGCUCCUCCUCCUCCUCCUCCUCCAGUGCCCCCUCAGCUUUCUUCUCCGCAACGUCCAUGUUCACUCACAUGGCCAGGAACUAAUAAUACAUGUAACUCAGAUAACUCAGCAAGUGAAGUGAAAAGACAGCAGUUAGGUGAUAGUAAGACUAAUGACAGUCAUCGUUCGAAAAGCCAGGAAAAUAAAGAUGUUCCGAAUAUGUUGGACAUUCUAAAGGAUAUGAAUAAGGUUAAGCUCCGUACUGUGGAACGGUCACCUGGAGGUAGACCCAUUCAUAAGAGGAAAAGACAAGAUUCACACUGGGAUCCAGUGUCUUUAAUAUCCCAUGCACUUAAGCAGAAAUUUGCAUUCCAAGAAGAUGAUUCCUUUGAGAAAGAAAAUAGGUCUUGGGAGUCUUCUCCAUUUUCUAGUCCAGAAACUUCAAGAGUGAGCUAUAAUAAUGUAAAGUUAAUUUUUUAAUUUUUCAAAAGCGUAUUGUCCAUGACGUAUCUCUGCCUUCAAGUUCUCUUGAAGUUCUUGCGCAGAAUGGACCAUACAGUUAUUUGCUGGUACCGCUAACGUUUCUGUUGUUUCUGUUAACUUUUACAUGCUCCUUUUUUGCUUGUAUCUUACUAUGAAUUUUUUUUAAAUAAAACACUUGAUUUGAAAAAUA